GAGAGUGGAUAUUUAAAUAAUAAAAAAUUGAAAUAUAACAUAAUUUAAGAUUGUAAAAUAAAAUAAGACAAAUUUCAAUGACUCUAAACUUAUAUUGCUAAGAUUGAUUAGGUUUGCUCUAACUAAUUUUAAAGAGUUUAGAUUAUAGUGAUAGCAUCAUUAGAAAAUGAUAUAGUAAAUUCUCCAACAGCAGUCAUCUAAGAGUGUAAUAAAGGGAAAAUUGAUAUAACAUUGGCACUGUUUAAACAAUAAUAGUAUUAUUUCUUUAAGUUGCAUGAAUUACACAUAAAAAAUUAUGUAUAUAGUUUUUUCUUUUGUGUAUCACAUUUAUAUUAUAUGAC